AUGAGUCUUUUCAGCGACAUUGUCAAUUCGAUUGGCGGCGAUAAGUCUCCUGCGCCACCGAAACUACCAGCAAGACCGUUGAGCGUGAAUGGAGUGCGGCCAGUGUCGGACGUCAGCAAGAUCGGCUCACGGCUCGGGGUACCGGCUGUUCCGUCACCACUGAACGGCGUCAAGCGAAAGGCUGAAGAUGGCUCACCAAAGCUGCCAGAGAAGCUCAUCAAACCGAAUCCGAUAUCCACUACCACCAACAGAGUCACUCACCGUCCAGCUGCCCCUCCACUCAAUGCCCCGAAACCAGCCAACGAGAAGUCUGAGAAGAGUUCGUUCGCGCCCAGACCGAAGCUCGAGGCUACCGCCGAUAUCCCAGCCAGGGUGGGCACUGCCUCAAUAACGCCGCCCACGACAGUUCCUAAAGGCCCAGCAAAGGGGUCCUAUGCAGAGUUGAUGGCAAGGGCGAAACAGGCACAAACGGAGAAAGCCCAACAAAGUCAGGUUGGCAUGAUCAAACAUCAGCCAACACAUCGAGAAAGGGUGUCCAAGGUGGCAGAAAGACGACGACAAGAGGAAGAGAAGGCCAAGGCAAGCAAGGAGAAAAUCGGCAGUUCAAGGCCUAUACCUGGUGGCAAGCAACAGGUCAAGUCUCGAAGCGUUAGCCCCACGAAGAGGACAGAUCAGCCGAGAGUUCCAAAAGCCCCGCGCCCGCCCUUGCAUGCUCCUCCAUCUUCAUCUUACAAGGGAACCAUGGGGAUCACCUCUGGCCGUACAGCGAAGCCACCACCCAAGCGGAGAAGAUACGACGAAUAUCUUGGCACCGACGAAGAAGACGUCUCAGACGACAUGGGUGGUUACGGCGAGGACGAGGAAGACGAUUACGGGUCGGAUGGCUCUUCUGACAUGGAAGCUGGACUGGACGACUUGGACGCUGAAGAACAGAGAGCGUUGAAGGCCGCUAAGGAAGAAGAUGCCCGAGAGUUGGCUUUGGAAAACCAGCUGAAGCGUGAGAAAGAAGAGAAGCGAAAGAGGCUUAUGGCGCUUGCCGACAAGCGGAGAAAGUGA